CAAUUACAGGACAGCUAAAAGCGUUAAAAAAUAGGUCAAUUAUGUCAUUAAUACGAGCAUAUAAAAACCUUCCUCCACGACUGAAUGCAAGUCAAAAUGUUUUCAAUCCUGCUGAUAUUCGUUCUCCAAUUUGUUGUGACUCCUGUGUUGGGACACAUCCAAAUAAUCCAAGAACUCAAUCUGGCCUUGCGAACUGAACUCAAUGUGCUAAUCGAUGUGGAGGAUUUUUACAGCUCAAGUAUCCUUUACGGUCUGGAUACGCCUAGAAUUCAACUUUCCUCAAAGUCCAGAGAAGCUAUGAAUCUGCGCCUUCGUGGAAAUUUCACCAGCCAAGCCCUAAUCAUAGUACAACUGAUGGAAUUUGGCUUGGAUCCCAAAGUGGUUGAUUUCCUGCCUCUCCUUUUGGAUCGCCUUCACGAGCUGCAUAUAGUAUUUCUAAGCAAGGAAGAUCCUGAAUCCCUCCAAAUGGAGCUCUAUACCUAUUGCUACAAAGAGGGCUUCAUCAAUGUUAUUCUGAUAUAUAACGAUUGUCUCUACAGCUAUUUACCCUACCCAUCAAUUCAACCAAUUAGGCUCGCAAAUGUCAGCGAAUAUUUAACGAGAGGAAGGACAAUUCGCAACUUUAAAGGUUUUCCCGUUCGGAUACUCCAGACCACAUUAGCUCCACGGGAUUUUGAGUAUUUCGAUGAACGAAAUAGGCUAGUCCGAGCAGGAUAUAUGUUCACGGCUAUGAAAGAGUUUACGGAUCGCUACUCUGCCACUAUCGUUAGUGUUCCCAUACCGGAUUUACCUGAAAUGGAAAAGUAUGCAGCCGUAUUAGAUAUGGUGAUUAAUAAGGAGGUCGAUCUUAUUGGUUACUUCAAGGACAUGGAGUGGGAUGUUUCCUACACAGAGCCCCUCUCGAUACUUAAAUCGUACUUCAUAGUCCCUCACGCCAGACCGCUCUCCAGCUACCUCUACUACUCGCGACCCUUCAAAUGGACCCUGUGGCUGGUCGUAGCCUUAACUGUCUUUUAUGGCGCACUGAUGCUCUACCUCGGUUCGAGGCGUGAUGGAAAGGAGAUCGGCGAGUGCCUGCUCUACAGUCUGAGCCACAUUCUUAAUACGUGCAAUCAAGCUAUAAGGACUACGGGCUGGAGGGACCAACUGAUCCACAUGAUCCUUACCCUCGGUGGCUUUAUGCUCACCAACCUGUAUCUGGCCACGCUCUCGAGCAUCCUGACAUCGGGCUUAUCUGAGCCUCAAUAUAAAACAGUACAGGACUUGGCUGAUGCCCCUUAUCCCAGUUUGCAUGACGGGCUAUACAGAAGACAACUGAUGGGAAAUGAGUUCUUGCCCAAGGCUCUACGUCAGAAAAGCAUGACCUUAAAUAUCACCUUACUUACGGCCUAUCGCGAUGGUCUGAAUAAGAGCUACAUCUAUUUGUCUUACGAGGACCGCCUGGAACUGAUCCUGAUGCAACAGUAUCUGCUCAAGACGCCGCGCUUCGAUUUGAUUCGCGAGCCUGUGUCGUACGCCUUGGAAGCGUAUCCCGUGUCCAGGAGCUUACCAUUUCUAAAACUGGCCACGGAAUUCAUGAGGCGACUCCAGGAGCACGGAAUAAACAUUAAAAUAAAGGCAGAUGCCUUUCAGGUAAUGCUUGAGCGAAAGAUGUACACCCUGAUGCGCGAUGAUGAACCUCCGGCCAAGGCCUUUGAUCUUCAGUUCUACUUUUUCGCCUACGGUCUAUGGACUGUUGGCCUUGGCUUGUCCUUAAUCGUUUUCUUGGUGGAGGUAAUUAAGUCGCGCUUGAGCCACAAGAAGAAACAAUGAGGAAAAAGUCAAGAAAAGCUGUAAUAAAUAAAUAACCUAAAUGUUACUAGUCUGCGGUGGCAUUUAAUUGGCCUUAAUUAACUUAAUUCUAUACGUAAUGACUUGAGAAUAUUCACAAAAACAAAAACGUAUUUAUUCUUUUAUUCUAGUAGAUAUUGGCAAGUCAUUUUGGCCAAUAAAAGCCUUUUACCACGAGUGAAAAUUAGUCAAAAUGUUUUCAAUCCUGCUGUUGUCGACUUUUCUUCGUUUGGUUGCUGCUCCUGAAGUAGAACCCA